AAUUAUCAAAUAAUAGCUAUAAAGCCUAAUUAAAUUAUUUUUAGUGGUUAUUUACGAAAUUUCCUCAUAAAUAAAUACCAUUUUGGGCCUAUAAACUAACAUGGGUUUUGAAUAUGGGCUUUAAGUAAAGCCAGCCCAAUAUAGGUUAUAUCAGCUUCACGUAGAGGAAGUCGUCGUCGGCUCGCUUUACCGACCCCGGCGACGGCGGAAAACCUUCUCCGACGGCAAAAAUGGGUAAGAAACCGUCGAGGAAGAAUGGAGUUGGUAAAGCAUCUGGUUCAAUUACAUUGCGAGAAGAAUCAGGUGUGAAGAAGAAACAAACUCAUGUUAAUGCGAAAUCGAUGCUGAAAUUGGAGCAUAUAAAGGAUAUUGCUAACUGGACUAGUGGAGAAGGUUCCAUACCUUCACUUGCUGCGUUUUUUGGGCAGAGAUUAGCUGUAUCAGCUGAGUCUUUGGGUGUUCCACCUGACCCUUCAUUAUUAACUUGUCAAAGGUGUGAAUCUAUCCUUCAGGCUGGCUACAAUAGUACAGCACGGAUUGAGAAGAACAAAAGAAAGGCACGAAAGAAACACAAGACAUCCGGUAUUCCCUCGAAGAACUCAGUUGUAUAUGAGUGUCAUUUCUGCUCACAUCGAAAUCUAAAGAGAGGAAACUCAAGAGGCUAUAUGAAUAGCCUAUAUCCUGCCAAACCAAAAACUUUAACAGUUGAUCCUGCUAUAUCAGCAAUCCGAAAGGUAAAAGUUGAUCCUACUGAAUCAACAAUGCAAAGAUCUGAACAUUUGGGCACGUUAGUGGCUAGUAUCGAUAAGACAAAAGUUGAUCCUACUGAAUCAGCAACCCGAAAAUCUGAACAGUUGGAUAUGUUAGUGGCUAGUAUUGAUAAGGCAGGAGUUGAUCCUACUGAAUCAGCAAUGCAAAAGUCUGAACAUUUAGAUACGUUAGUGGCUAGUAUUGAUAAGGCAGGAGUUGAUCCUACUGAAUCAGCUAUGCAAAAGUCUGAACAUUUAGAUACGUUAGUGGCUAGUAUCGAUAAGACAAGAGUUGACACUACUGAAUCAGCAACCCAAAAGUCUGAACAGUUCGAUGCUUUUGGUGGCAGUACCACGGAUGCAACAGUUUCAUCUGAGCUAGGCGGAGAUGAUCCUAUGGCUGGUCCUGCAACUCCAUUGUCAACAGUUUCGGUUAAUUCUUUGUUGGAUUCGAAGAAGAGGAGAAGAAAUCGAACAGGGUCCAAGAAGAAAGGUGAAACUCAGGAUGGUUCAUCAAUGACAGAUGUUGAGAAGACUGUCUCAACAUCCAGUAAGAGAAAGAAGAAGUCUUGGACUAGUUUGAAGGAAAUUGCUGAAAGUCGGAGUAACAAUAGUAGGAAGUUCUCCAAUAUAUCUGUUCCAUUGAUUCUUUGAUUCUGAAAAUUGUCUUGUUGCCCGUUGAGCUCAUAAUUAUGCGUUUCGAUUAAAUUCGAAUCGCGCAUUGCAGGGUCUAUUCAGAGUGGCACCCCUAACCGAAUUUUAAAUAUGGUCUUAGUUAUAGAUAAUGAGGAAUUUCAUUAUGUGUGCGUAUAAAAGGUUAAAUUUUGUUUAAA